AUGAAGGUGAGAAAGCGUAGUUCCAAAAGAACCUCCACUCGCAUGAGGGAGGGUAUCAAGAAGAAAGCCGCCGCUCAACAUAGAAAGGAAAGGAAGUUGGCUAAAAAAGAUCCGACAUGGAAGUCAAACAAGAAGCGCGAUCCAGGCAUUCCUGCAAGCUUCCCAUACAAGAAUAAAAUUCUGGAAGCUAUUGAAGUCAGGAAAGCUCAGGAGGCUGAAGAAAAACUUGCAAACUUGCAGCGCAAGCUGGAGGAGAAGCAGAGAGCGGCCGAAAGUGGGGAAAUUAUCAUGGACGAAAUGGAAGACGAUGAGGGUGGAGAGUCCGACCUUACGGCGCUUGUCGAGUCUGCCCAACAAGCAGCCGCUGAGUUCAAUGGUGAGAACGGCGUUGAUCAAGAAAGCUCUGAGCCACAAGAAGUUGUCGAAUACGAUAUUGAUUUUUUCGCUGGCGAUAGUGAAUCCACCACAGAGCUUGAAAAGUCCAGAAAGGCUUACGACAAGAUUUUCAAGACUGUAGUGGACGCCUCAGAUGUGAUUUUGUACGUUUUGGAUGCGCGCAAUCCAGAGGGAACAAGGUCGAGAAAGGUUGAACAGGCAGUGCUUCAAAGCCAGGGCAAAAGAUUGAUUUUGAUUUUGAACAAGGUCGAUCUGAUUCCUCCAUUCGUACUGGAACAGUGGCUGGCUUUUUUGAAAUCGAGUUUCCCAACUAUUCCUCUUAGAGCAGCACCAGGUGCUACUAACGCAUCCUCAUUCAAUAAAAAGCUCAGUCAAAGCGGCACUGCAGCCGCUCUCCUGGAAUCUUUGAAGACUUACGCAAAUAACUCGAAUUUCAAGAGGUCCAUUGUUGUGGGUGUGAUCGGCUACCCCAACGUCGGAAAAUCUUCUGUCAUAAACGCAUUGACUUCACGGAGGGGCGGAUUUUCGAAGGUUUGUCCUGUAGGGAACCAGGCAGGUGUUACCACAUCUCUGCGAGAAGUCAAAAUCGAUAAUAAACUAAAGAUUCUCGACUCUCCAGGUAUCUGCUUCCCUAGCGACACGGGGAAAAAGACCAAGAAGGAACAAGAAGCUGAGCUAGCUUUAUUGAAUGCUUUACCCGCAAAGCACAUUGUCGACCCAUAUCCAGCUGUUUUGAUGCUCGUGAAGAGGCUUUCCAAAUCUGAGGAAAUGACCGAAGCCUUUAAGCGGUUAUACGACUUGCCACCCAUUCCAGCUGCUGAUGCUAACUCCUUCACUAAGCAGUUCUUGAUUCAUGUUGCUCGUAAAAGAGGUCGGAUUGGCAAGGGCGGUAUCCCAAAUUUGAGCAGUGCUGGUAUAUCCGUUUUGAACGACUGGAGAGACGGGAAGAUCUUGGGCUGGGUAUUGCCUAAUUCUUCUAAAGACGGCUCUCACAAUGAGGCGUCCACCGGCGGCUCUGCUAUUGAGUCUAAAAAAGCGCCUCAAAGGGUUGAGCAAACUUCAGUUGUGUCUGAGUGGUCGAAGGAGUUUGAUCUUGAUGGCUUGUUUGCUUCGCUAGAUAACGCAGUAGCGAAUGAAAACCAGAAUGGAGACGCUGAUAUGAACUGA